AUGAAUACAUUAGAAAGUCAAAACGAUCGGCAGGCAAGAGAGUUAGCUGAUAAAGUCUCUCGAAUGAAACAUAUUGCAUUUGAAAUUGAACAUGAAACAAAAGAACAUAGUCGAUUUCUUGACGGAAUGGGUCUUGAUUUUCAAACAGCACGUAGUUUUCUUGGCCGUAGUUCUAAUCAUAUUCGAGAUGUUAUGCAUAGUGGACGCGGUGAUCGUCGUGCAAUGUGUUAUAUUAUUGGUGCUAUUGUUUGUGCUUUUCUUUUUAUUUAUUACGUCGUCAGUUCAUUUCGAACAAAGUAG